AUGCCUGAGUUUGAGCUCAUUUCUCAAUUCACAGAAGAUGUGUUUGCUGCAGAAGAUCGUGUUUGUGAAUGCCCUGUUUGUCGAGCAAGGAUUGCAAAAGGUGAUCCUUGCUUCUAUGUCGGUACUGUUGACCCAGGAAAACCUGGCCGCUAUGUCUGCGCUGUUUUCACAGCAGCCGGUUCUAGACCUGCUUCAAUGUCAAGUGCUGCUCCACAAAUCUCCCAUACCUUCCCUGACCCAUGCACAAUCUGGCAAACUGUUAACACCACACAGAGGAAAUCAACAGUUAACCCCCCUCCCGUUAUUGCCUUUGGUCAAGGCUCAAUGACCUAUUCCGCUGGACCAGACAUUACUGUUCCGUUAUCAUGGGGGCAGCUGCAAAAUGUGGUCCAUGCUGCACAUCCAGGUUGUUCCCCAGGCUAUUCAGUAAAUCACACCCAGUAUAGCACUGAGCAUGAGCAUUGGGCGAAGCUCUCAUAUGCCCUUCCGCCAACAGAAACCAUCACACUCGAUAUUUCGGCAGUUCAUGAGGUCGGAGCACGGAAAAAAGGACACUGGGUUGCCAUCAUGAAUAUCCGGGAGGGAAAAAAAGAUGUUGAUGCAUGCAUUGAUGCACCUGGGCUCAUGAAUAUUGCAUUUGACACUAUCCUCCCUAAGAUUUUGACUUUUGGUGCAGGAUUCCCAUGGCGUAUCGAAAAGUUCGUUGUCCAAGAUGCAGUAUGGGUCAACCUCGCUACACACAAGGCCUCGGUCCCAUAUUUCAUUUCGCAAUGUAUGGUCCCAAGCAAGAAGGGAUCAAAGGCACCCACAUUCAAGACCAAGCAAUUUGCACUGAUGCUUGUUGUUCCAGAGGCUCAGUGGAAUGAAUAUGAAGAGUGGGUAGAAAAAGCGGAGGAGGUUGCUACUCGUCAAGUUCAAGUUCAACAUUGGGUAGAAACAGUGGAAAACGUCACCACUCCAACCCGGCCCACUCGUCAAGUUCAACAUCGGGCAGAAACGGUGGAAAAUGUCACCACUCCAACCCGGCCUACUCAUCAAGUCCAAGUUCAAAAUCUUGCGUCGCACCAACCAGUCAUCGUGCCAUCAAUGGAUCAGCCAAGCACACCCGAGUCCACCAAACGGUCACACAGGCACAAUCUGAGCACCACUACAACAUCUUCAUUGCCACCUCACAAGAAACUUGCAGUUGUGCCACCCAGUGAAGUAGUGUUUAGCUCACCUGAUUGCACUGACCUAAAAGAAGCACUGCGGACUGGAGGCAAUACAACAAACUUUGAUGUUGCACAAGUACUUGGUACAUACACUGAGAACAUUCAGUUCUAUGCAAUCCCCACUUGUCCACUUGCAGAUAUUCUCAAGAAUCCUGGCAUGCUUGGGGCUGGCGGAUUCAAGACUGCGCAUCCUGGGUGGCUUUCUCUCACUCCUCUUGUUGAAAGUUGUUUUUCCUCAGUUGACGAGAUAGCCAAGCUUUUCAAAGAGGCAAAUGUCUUAUAUUGGUCUUGCUCUCUCCUACAGCUCACAUAUGCCUUCAUUGAUCGCUGUAUUGCCUCUUCCGAUGAACCUCCGCCAUUUAACAUCCCUCGUGUGCGCUUCAUUGAUGCCAGCCUGGCAUUUUCUUACUCUCAACGUGAUUCCAAACCUACUAGGGCAGGCUCAAAAACUGGCUCAACAUGUGCUGGAUAUCUUGUAGAGGAGCUCAUUGAAGGCGGAUCAGACGCAGAUAUGCACUUAGCUUCGACAUCAUCUGGGUGUAACCAACUGAACCUUAGCUUCAAAGAUUCCAAGAUGGGUGUGACCUGUGACACAUCAGCAAUAGCUUCGAAUCAGCACCACUACCAGCUGCUUAAUCCUCUACUGGAUGAAGAUGAUUAUCGCUAUAAAGUGGCUUCGUUUUUUGCUUUCACCCAACACGUUCAGUCAGUUGGUGAGGGGAUGGAUCUUUUUGGUAAGGGAAACAUGGAGUGCACAGUUAGCAUGUUCGAGAAACAGCACAAGUGCAAUGAGUUUUGCGAGUGGCGAGGGUUUGGAUUGGUGCCCUUUGUAAUGAUGACAGAAGACGAAAGCACGGAGGAGGCAGAACUUCCUGAAUCUGCAGACUCAGAGACAGAAGCAGGAUGUAGGGAAGAUGCCCCAAUUGCCUCUUAG